AUGAAUUUCUUGUCCUUGUAUAUUUAUGGAUAUUCCUUUGCCAUUAGUCUUGGCAAGAAGGGCAAGUUCUCUCCAAUCCAGGUUAAAAAUUUGGUGCUAUUGCCUAAAAGUUUCUCAAUAGAAAUGAUGCCACUAAUAAUGGAGAAAAUCAAGCUCCAUCAGAUGAGCCAAUUGUGGGGGAUUGGUCGUGAAGCCACCUGCUACUUGGUCCACAAUAGCCAUGGCAUGUACGUACAUGCCACCCAGCAAGAAGGGGUUAAAAGUGAAAUAUUACUUAGAUCUGGGGUGCGUAGUGGCAUGGACACCCGCGACCAGACGAUGUACCUGAACACGGAGAUGAUCAUGGAAUGGCACGACCACUACCUCGAGUGGGACCCGGACAUGUACAACGGGACGAGCGUCAUUCGGGUGCCAUACCACGAAAUAUGGUACCCUGAUGUGAUCCUGUACAACACCGCUGACCCAAACUACCGAAGGAGCAUUCUCAGGACCAACGCCAUUGUCAAGAGCACGGGCCAAGUGAGGCUCCUGACCCAUGCCAUGUUGCUGUCCUCGUGUGACAUUGACACCACGUGGUAUCCGUUCGACCAACAGGACUGCACGCUCUACCUCUCCUCCUGGACGUAUGAUUCCAGCAAGAUCGAGCUCUUCGACGGAGCUGCGGACUUGAGCGAAUUUUCAGAAAAUCCCGAAUUCCUUCUUGAGAAUUUCUACAGCGUGAAGAGAAACCACAAAGACCCGUGCUGUAACCUCCCCUUUUCGUGCUUAUCGCAAUCAUCAUGA